ACCAACUGGAAGCUUUUCAUUGAUUCAGACUAGCUCCACAUUAGCCUGCAUAAGAAACACUAGUGUUAGCUAGCUAGGCGUCCAGCUGGUUGGCCAUUGCUGUGGCUUACCCGGCAAAAUGACAAACUUAAAGCUUUAAAAAGGGGGCUGCCCAAAAUAUGAAACUCCUGCGUGCAUUGUGUGAACCAGCAGGGAAAUAGACUAUCAUCUGUGGUGAAGCGGACGUGCUGGCUUUGCAAUAAGGAUCAUGUGGUGGGCCUGGCCUUUCCUACCUGCCCUGGUGCUUCUUUCAGAGUUUUCUGUGGUGAAAGUCCAGACUGCACCUUGCCAGACCUGCCGAAAGCUGACUGAGAGUUUCAUCAAGGGCUUGGAGAAAACAGCUAACAAGAACUUUGGGGGAGGUAACACUGCCUGGGAAGAAGAAAAGCUGGCAAAGUAUGCACGCAGUGAGACUCGACUCCUUGAGAUUGUUGAAGCUGCUUGUGAGAAAACAGAUUUUGAAUGUAACCGGCUGCUGGAGCAGAUCGAGGACCAAGUGGAGACAUGGUGGUUCCACAGGCAGCAAGAGGCUCCGGACUUGUUUGAGUGGCUUUGCAUAGAAGAGCUGAGACUCUGCUGUCUGCCCGGGCGAUUUGGACCUGACUGUAAAGAGUGUCCAUCUGGCCCUGGUGGCGUUUGCGGAGGUCUUGGCCGCUGUGAGGGAGAGGGGACUCGCCUUGGAGAUGGAGAGUGCGUCUGUGAUCCCGGGUACUCAGGAAGUCUCUGCCAGAGCUGUGCUGAUGGUUACUUCAGAGAGAAGAGCUCCAAUGAGAGCGCGGGAGCCUGUGCAGCUUGCUACCACUCAUGUAAGAAAUGCUCAGGGCCGCAGGACUACAAAUGCCUUGACUGCAAACCUGGCUGGAUCCUCCAUGACCACAAGUGUGUGGACAUUGACGAGUGUGGCACUGAGCUGGCUCGAUGUGCUUCUAACACCUACUGUCACAACACUGAUGGAUCAUAUGAAUGCAGAGGCUGUGAUCCGGCAUGUGUUGGCUGUAUGGGCAGUGGUCCUGCUCGCUGUAGGAAAUGUGCACGUGGCUACAGACUGAAAGGAGCAAAGUGUCUUGAUAUUGAUGAAUGUAAUGAACAUGCAAUAGCAUGCCCGGGACUCAAUGAGGCCUGUAUCAAUGAGGAGGGCUCCUUCCACUGUGACUGUGCCGAUGGAUUCAUCAGAAGAGACAGCAUUUGUGUUGAAAAUAAGCCUCCUGCUGGUCCAGAAAAAGGUCUGUUUGAUGACAUGACGGACGAUGAAGUCCUUGUGCUGCAACAGAUGUUCUUUGGCGUCGUAAUCUGUGCCCUUGCUACACUGGCUGCUAAAGGUGACAUGGUUUUCACUGCCAUUUUUAUCGGAGGUGUGGCUGCUAUGGCUGGAUACUGGCUGACAGAAAAGGGCGACUACAUGCUGGAUGGAUUUUUAAAAGGACGUUAGAGUUGGGUCUCAGUUCUGGGAAGAGACCCUCAAAUACCAGCCAGGUAGAGAACAGGAACAUAUCCCUCCAACUCUAGGUUUUCAGGGAUUUAUUGGCGACUGGGAGUUACUUGAAAGGGCUUUGACUCAUUUAUGUAGAAUAAUGCUGGGAAAGGUGAGAACUUGAAGGCUAUGAAGCCAUGAAGAGGAAUAACAAAGCACCACUGCACGGAUGUCAAGGAACUGAACUUAUCACCCUACCUCAACUUCUGUUGGGGACAAAGAGUGACAUGAAGACCAUUACUGAUUGUUAAAAUCUAUUAUGCAUUUUGAUGUCUCAUCUGGCAUUCACUUUGCUAAAGAAAUGAUGUCGUUUCCUCCCAUACAAUCAAACCAUCAGUUAUCAUGUUGGCAGGUUUUUGUUACGUCAUUGAUAUGAAGCAGAAGCUUUCCCAUUGACAGACUGGUUUGUAAGGAAAGGGCGUUUGCUUCGAUAAGGGAUUUUUCAUUGAAACUCGGGGAUGUUUUCAUUGUGCAACACUGGUUAUUUAUUUUCACUGAAUGACUUUUUACCUCCUAACUUACUGAAUGAUUCUUUUUAGUAAUAAUGCAUGAAAAUAGGAUUUAAAAUUAAAGGAACUACACUGUAUGUAUUGAUUUACUGUCCUACUUGAGCAUGAAGCCACAUGAUGACUUUAUGCAGGAACGUGCUAAGGGAAAUACCAGCCCUUAUUUGGAUGAUUACAGCCAUGUUCUGUUGCCUUUAAUUUAUUUUCAAAGCAAUAUUUAUUAGUAAGAUGUUUAUCACAUUUCAUUUAUUUAUUUCUGUGUAUUUUUACAUUUUUUUUAAAUCUGUUUUAUUCUGAUUUUGACGGAUCAAGUAGCAUAAUGUCACAAGGCUGAAGUGACACUUCUGUAUGUGUUCAUCUAUUUUUGUUUUUCCUAGAAAGGAAAGUUAUCCUCAGAGUCAUUAUUCAAUAUAAAUAAAGGCUUGCUUUACAAUAA